AUGUCUCGCCAGUCCACCGUGAGGAUUCAGAGGGGGAGAAGCGGCUUCAGCGCUGCUUCGGCCAUGGUCCCCAACACGUGCCGGACCAGCUUCAGCUCCUGCUCCGUCACCCGCCUGGGCAGCUGCAAUGCUGGCAGUGGCUUUGCCAGGGUCGGGGGGGGCUUUGGAAGCAAAAGCCUCUACAAUGUUGGUGGCUGCAAGAAGAUCUCCGUGGCUGGAAGGGGUGGCAGCUUCUAUGGCUCGGCAGGGUUUGGUGGUGGAGCCGGGAGCGUGUACGGGGGCGGCUUUGGCGUUCCAGCCAACCUUGGCUACGGAUACGGGGCCUUUGGGGGUGGCCCUGGAUUCCCUGCUGGGGGCAUCCACGAAGUCUCCAUCAAUCAGAGCCUUCUGAAACCGCUCAACUUGGAGAUUGACCCUAACAUCCAAAGGAUCCGAAAAGAGGAGAAGGAACAAAUCAAAACCCUCAACAACAAAUUCGCCUCCUUCAUUGACAAGGUCCGAUUCCUUGAGCAACAAAACAAAGUGCUGGAAACGAAAUGGAGUUUGCUGCAGGAGCAGGGAAUGAAAACAGUGAGGAACAACCUGGAGCCGCUUUUCGAGACCUACAUUAACAAUCUGCGGGUGCAGCUGAACUCCUUGCUGAGCGACAAGGGGAGGCUGGAGGGAGAACUCGUCAACACCCAGUACCUGGUUGAGGACUUCAAGAAGAAGUACGAAGAUGAGAUCAACAGAAGGACCAUUGCAGAGAACGAAUUUGUGACGCUCAAGAAGGAUGUAGAUGCUUCCUACAUGAACAAGGUGGAACUCCAAGCCAGGGCAGAUGCGCUGAGUGAAGAAAUUAAUUUCCUGAGAGCACUUUAUGAAGCAGAGCUGUCCCAGAUGCAGACCCAGAUCUCUGAUACCUCUGUGGUUCUCACCAUGGACAACAACCGGAACCUGGACCUGGACAGCAUCAUCUCUGAGGUCAAGGCUCAGUACGAGGACAUCGCCAACCGGAGCCGCGCCGAGGCCGAGUCCUGGUACCAGACCAAGUACGAGGAGCUGCAGGCCACAGCUGGCAGGCAUGGGGACGACCUCCGGAACACCAAGCAGGAGAUCUCAGAGCUCAACCGCCACGUCCAGAGGCUCCGAUCCGAGAUUGACAGCGUGAAAAAGCAGUGUGCAAACCUGAAAGCUGCCAUCGCCGAUGCUGAGGAGCGCGGGGAGCUGACCCUCAAGGACGCCAGGGCCAAACUGGCCGAGCUGGAGGAUGCUCUGCAACAGGCCAAGGCUGACCUGGCCCGGCAGCUCCGGGAGUACCAGGAGCUCAUGAACGUCAAGCUGGCCCUGGACAUCGAGAUUGCGACCUACAGGAAGCUGCUGGAGGGCGAGGAGUGCAGGCUGGCUGGAGAUGGGGUCCCGGUGAAUAUCUCCGUCACCAGAACAACAGUGGGAUCGGGAUACGGAGCAGGCAGCAACCUCAGCAUGGGAGGGGGGAUCUGCAAUCUGGGGAACAGCUUCAACUGUGGGGGCGUUCCCGGGGUGAGCAGCACCACCCUCGGAGCUGGCAGCAGCUCCAGCAUGAAGUUUGUCUCCAGCUCCUCCACCAGAAGAAGUUACAGGAGCUAA